UUUCUUCCAUACUCCCUCCCCGUUUUCAUCUUCGGCGGGGAGACCGGGAGCCCCGCUUCUCUCCUCCUUACAGACUUCACAUCCGGGUCAGUGGGCUGCCUUGCGAGUGUCAGGCUGCUCCUCCUCGGUUACAUUGUAACGCAGCCGCCGCCGCCCCCCUCCCCUUCACAAGCCAGCGGGCUCCAGGUAAAGAAGCGGACCUGCCAUGGAUGCGGCCGCUUGUGUCGUACGCUGCUACUGCUGCUGCUGAGAUCACCUGGCAUCCUAACCGGGGUGCUGCACCAGGGGGUGGGGGGUCGCAGCGCAAAACCCCCAAAGCGGAGAUCGGGCUGACAUUUCACCGCGUCGCCGUCCCUGCCAGCCAUGUCCAAGAGCCUGAAGAAGAAAAACCACUGGACCAACAAAGUCCAUGAGAUCGUCCUCGGCAGGAAUAAAGACGGCGAGCUGGGCUUCGAGCUCAAGGGCUGUGCGGAGAACGGCCAGUUCCCCCACCUCGGGGAGGUGAAGCAGGGCAAGGUAGCCUGUCAGAGCGGCAAGCUGUCCCAGGACGAGCUGCUUCUGGAGGUCAAUGACACGCCAGUGGCCGGGCUCACCACCAGGGACGUGCUGGCCGUUGUCAAGCACUGCAAAGACCCGAUCCGGCUCAAGUGUGUCAAGCAGGGGGGUGUCAUUGACAAAGACCUCCGUCACUACCUCAACCUUCGCUUCCCUAAGGGCUCCGUGGACCACGAGCUCCAGCAGACCAUCCGGGACAACCUGUACCUACGGACCGUACCCUGCACCACGAGACAGCCCAAGGAAGGGGAGGUUCCAGGGGUAGACUACAACUUUGUAACUGUUGAUCGGUUUAUGGAAUUGGAGAGUAGUGGAGCUUUGUUAGAGAGUGGAACAUAUGAAGAUAACUACUACGGCACCCCCAAGCCCCCAGCAGAACCCACACCAUUGCUGCUUAAUGUAACGGACCAGAUUCUGCCCGGAGCCCGACCCAGUUCUGAGGGGAAGAGGAAACGUAACAAGUCAGUGAGCAACAUGGAAAAGGUCAGCAUCGAGCCCCUUGAGGAGGAGGAAGAAGAGGAAGAGGAGGAGAGGCCUGUUGUCAAUGGCAACAGUGUCGCCAUCACUCCAGAAUCAAGUGAACAGGAAGACAAAAUCACAGAUGCUUCAGGGGACACUCCACCAGAGCCCUGUCCCACCGAAACCCCCACCAUCACCCCUACAGAGCCCCCCAAGGAUGAGGGGCAGCCUUCGACAUCGCCACCCAAACAGGACGACAGCGACGACCUGGGGCUGCUACCCGACAACUGGGAGAUGGCUUACACAGAGAAGGGGGAGGUCUACUUCAUUGAUCACAACACCAAAACAACUUCUUGGCUUGAUCCACGUCUCGCCAAGAAAGCGAAGCCGCCAGAAGAAUGCAAAGAAAAUGAGCUCCCUUAUGGCUGGGAGAAAAUUGAUGACCCCAUUUAUGGCAGUUACUAUGUUGACCAUAUAAACCGUAGGACACAGUUUGAAAACCCUGUGUUGGAGGCCAAGCAGCGACUCCAGCAGCAGCAAAUGCACGGUCCAGGUCUGACUUCACUGCCCCUUCCCGCUCCUUUAAGAGAGAAGCCCCCCUUCACACGAGACCCCACCCAGCUGAAGGGUACCUUCCUGUCCACCACGCUGUCCAAGAGUAACAUGGGCUUCGGCUUCACCAUCAUCGGGGGGGACGAGCCCGACGAGUUCCUGCAGGUGAAGAGCGUCAUCCCAGAAGGACCUGCUGCCCAGGACGGGAAGAUGGACACAGGUGACGUAAUUGUCUACAUCAAUGAUGUCUGUGUCCUGGGGACCACCCACGCCGAUGUGGUGAAGCUCUUCCAGUCGGUGCCGAUCGGGCAGAGCGUGAGCCUGGUGCUGUGUCGCGGAUACUCCCUGCCUUAUGACCCUGAGGACCCUGCCGGGAGCGUGAUGGCUCCCAUGGGGCUCAUGGUCAAUGGCAGAAGUAACUACGACAGCUACAUGGAGUAUUUGUCCCGGACCGCCCGGAUCAUGCAUGGGCAUGGUGAGCACCCCCUGCCCCAGCUUGGUGAACAGUCGGGUCCUCACGGCGACAACAUCUCCAUGGCGUCUUCAGGCGUGGCCCCGGCAGAGCUGCUGACGGUCUCCAUGGUGAAGGGAGAUGGAGGCUUUGGGUUCACCCUAGUGGACAGCAGUGCGGGCCAGCGUGUGGAGCGGGUCCUGGAGCCUCAGGGCUGCCCGGGGCUGGUGGAGGGGGACCUCCUCCUAGAGAUCAACCAGCAGAGCGUGCAGGGCCUCAAUCACACCCAGGUGGUGGAUUUGCUGAAGGAGUGCAUCGUGGGAGCGGAGGCCACCAUCGUCAUCCAGAGGGGCGGAACAGGUCACUGUUCACCCUGGAAAACAUCCAAACAGGUAAUGUCGCAGUGGGAACUGCAGGGGAGCCCCCAGACCAGCCUAUCAACUCCGGGCCUCCUGCACAGCACCGGCCGCCCUGCACCCCACCCCCAGGGGGGGUCUGUACCAGACUCGGCUGACAGUAUGGAUUUGGGCAUGCCUGACCCCUACGACCUAUAUGAGAAAUCGCGGGCUAUCUACGAGAGUGGACGGCCUGAUUACCAAGAGCUGGAAAUUCACCUGCACAGGGAGGCGAACGGCUUUGGGUUUCGGAUCCUGGGAGGAGACGAGGCGGUGCAGCCUAUUCUGAUAGGAGCAGUCAUCGAACAGAGCCCAGCAGAGCGGGAUGGGCGGUUACGGCCAGGGGACGAGUUGGUGGCUGUGGACGGCGUGACAGUGGCUGGCAGAGCGCACAGACAUGUCAUUGACCUGAUGCACGCAGCUGCCCGCAAUGGAGAAGUCCGUCUCACUGUGAGGAGGAGAGUGCCGGGCACAGGUGAGCGUUGUCCGGAGAAUGGCGGGAGUCCCAGGGCCAUGUCCACGCACCAGAGCUCACCAAAAAGUGAGUCAGGCGUGUUGCCAGGCAACCGCAGCAAUGCCCCACCCCCCGGACCUGGCUCCUCCCCACCUGAGGGAUCGGUACCCCACAGCCCACAGAGCAGCGAGGUCAUCAUCCAGCGCAAGGAAAAUGAAGGCUUUGGCUUCGUCAUCAUCAGCUCGCUGACCCGACCGGAGUCUAGCGCCACCAUCACCGUGCCCCAUAAGAUCGGCCGCAUCAUCGAGGGCAGCCCGGCUGACCGCUGCGGGAAGCUGAAGGUGGGGGACCGGAUCCUGGCUGUGAACGGGCAGUCCAUCAUCGACAUGCCACAUGCCGACAUUGUGAAGCUCAUCAAGGAUGCAGGCCUGAGUGUCACGCUGCGCCUGGUCCCUCAGGAAGAGCUGAGCAGUCCUCCCUCUGCGCCGGGCUCCGAGAAGCAGAGCCCCAUGGCUUCCCAGCCUAACCCAGCUCUCCAGCAGAGCCCCGUCAGCCAGAUUGGGGUCCAGCCGGUCAGUCAGCCAAUGGUCCAACCCGUCACCCAGCCGGUGGUCCAACCCGUUAGCCAACUGGUCGUCCAACCCGUCAGCCAGCUACCCAACCAGCCGAUCAACCAGAUAGUCAGCCAGCCCAUCAGCCAGAUAGCCAAUCAGCCAGUGUCUCCAGUGUCCCAGAUGUACGGCCAUGAUAGCAGCUACAGAUCGGAGGUGAAGGCGAGGCAAGAUGUCAAGCCUGACAUUCAGCAGCCCUUGUUCACAGACUACCGACAGCCUCCUGUGGACUACAGACACCCUCCUGUAGUGGAUUACCGCCAGCCACCCCUAAUAGAUUACAGACAGCUCUCCCCAGAUUCCCGGGAAUUCCCUAUUCCGGACUACAGACAGCCACAGGCCUUUGAUUACUUCACAGUGGAGCUGGAGAAGAGUGCCAAGGGCUUCGGGUUCAGUAUUCGUGGGGGGAGGGAAUACCAGAUGGACCUGUUCGUCCUGCGGCUAGCGGAGGACGGUGCCGCAACUCGGAACGGGAGGAUGAGGGUCGGGGACCAGAUCAUCGAGAUUAAUGGGGAGAGCACACGUGACAUGACCCACGCCCGAGCCAUCGAGUUGAUUCGGGCUGGGGGUCGCAGGGUGCGGCUUCUGUUGAAGAGGGGCACGGGGCAGGUCCCUGAUCAUGAUAGCCCCACCCCCGGGGACGCUCAGCCUACAGCCUCCCCAAGCCUGCCGGAAGUAGCUCCUCUCCUUGAAACUGUGACCAUACCAUUGCCUUCAUCUUAUCUAGCUCCGCCCCCCAUUUCCCACCAGCUGCUCCCUCUGGAGGCGACACGGGAGGCAAUGUACAUGAACAGGCCGGGGUACCCCCACAGCCCCGGAAAAGCAGGCUCAUUCCGACACGGUCGGCCUGGGUUGGGGGGCAGAUCGGCCGAGCCCAGUGGGAGUGGCUGUGUGAAUGGGAGGGGAUGAAAGGCCAUGAGUGGCAGGACCACUCUCCAAUGGCAUUGAUGCGAGAUGGCAGAGGAACACCCACAAUCUGAAUGGAAAAACGCAAUGAUCCUGGAGCCCCAGCUACAUAAGAGAGCAUGAGAAAUGUCUAGGGGAGGCCAUGGGAGAGAAAAGAGCGCCACCCACUGGGGGAAUGGUAAUUGAGCAUAGCCUAGCAAUGGCACCAAGUUCUUGAACACAAACUUGGUUGUGAAAGGAGGUGCACAGAGCAUUUAUCCAAGCAGCACUGCUUCUGUUGGGGCAGACUGUGUAGGAGAUCUCCUGCUUCCACCUAUCUCUCAUCCCUUCCACCUGUGGCAGCACAAGGAGCUCCAGCAGCUGAACUCGGACAGGGAGAAGAGAGUUCUGGAGUGUCCAGUAACACAGCGGUCCGGGUCUUCUGCUCCAAGUGUGGGAUGCUGGAAAAAAUACUGCCAACUGUCACUGGGCCAAGCCAAGCCAGGCCAAUCCUGACAAAGUGCUUUUCCAUUGUACCAUUGACCACCAUCAGAUGCAAAAAAGUAUUAACCCAUUUGUUUUUAAAUGUCAUUUUUAUUUAUAUUGUAUUUUGAAUUAAGAUAUUACACCAGUCACCUUAAAAACUGGAAGCAUCCAGUCCUGUAAAAAAAAAAAAAAAAAAUGCCAACAUACCAAUGUUACCAUGUGCAGCAGCUAAUCAGGAGCUGUUUGACAAGUGGUCCCAACCUCUACCACCAGCUGCUUCAACAACCAAUUAGGAGCCACGUUACACCACUGACGAAAUUCACCACAGACUCGCAGCAGCCAUUGCAUUAACUGCUAAGGAGUCUGCUUAAUGAAGAGGGAGAACGUUGAAGAGUUGAUUUUUUUUUAUCAUCAGCAUCUGUGUAGACUGAAAGCUGUAAUAAAGGACAGCGAUUAUCAAUGAUUAUUAUUGGAACUCUGCCUUAAAACUGUACAAAGAUAGAGAUCUACCAUGUCAGUGCUAACAGAUUUAAAGGAUUAUAUAGCUGUAUAGAUAUAUUCUAUUAAUAUACAUACAUGUACAUAAAGUCAUUUUAAUAUUCCUGACUGUGCUAAUGACAGUUCUGAACCAAUAAGCUAAAGGCGCAGUGCUGAGGACCCAUCUGUCCGUUUCGUCCUUGGCUGACUGAAGCUCUGUUGAGAUAUUUUCGCGAACUGCAGGGCUCAUGGCAGACUUUUGCUUCAGCCCACUCUUUAAUGUGUCCGAUUAAACAAAUAAAUGAGUGCGUCCUUUGUGGCCCCAAAGAGCCCAGACCACGAUACAGUGGGGGAGCCCUUAGGGCCUUAGAAAGAGAUGCGUUAUUGCAUGGAAGCUGGGGCUGAGUGCCUUAAACUUAGGGACUGGUCAGGAUUCGGAGACUGCAGUAUAGGCAUGAAUCUGUGGAUUUGCGAAGCUAGGUAGAGAUGGCAUGUGGGAGGCACUUAGGGUUGCAGUGGGAGGGGUUUAGGGUUACAGAGGGAGGGGCUAGGUCUCGCUUCAGAGUCACUCGAGUGAACUUGCACGGGCCACUCGGGACACUCAAAUUUGGAUGUUGGAAUUUAUGUUUGUUUGUUACUGGUUCCUCAAAUGCAUUAACUGUUUGAAUGUCUUUGUUCCACCAGAUGGUUUGUUUAAUCCAGGGUUUACCUUCCUGUCUUUAAUGCCACUAGCAGUGUGUCUAGCAUGAAUGCUGCUGAUUUGUACAAUCACGCCUCAGCGUAGAUGUCAGUAGUUCCUCAGCUGUGUGGAGUUGCAAAGCGGAGGUGCAAGUUUGAGUCCUGUGCUGGGGGUUCUUAAGAUGGCUGUAGAUGGCAAAUGUGCAGUAUGCUGGGAGCUCUCUAGUUCCCUCUCCUGGUCAAGACUGGUUUAGCAAGAAGCUCUACAGAACUGAUAUUGAUGUUUGCCUGUUCACUUUGCGUUUAAAAAAGAAUUAUAUAUAUAUGUCUAAGCUAAUGAACAGGUUUGUAGCAGAAAAGUUAUCCUGUAUGUUACCAAAUUCAAGUUAAAAUAAGACUGUUGCCAUGAGAUUGUUGUAGUUUAUUUAUUUAUUCAUGAUGUUGUAGAAAUACUGUUCUUAUAUUGCAGUUACAGAGCAGUGUGUGCUGUGAGUUAGCUGGCUUGGUUCUGGUGCCUUUGGACUGUGUGGCCGACAGCUCCUUCAUACCGGACUGAGGCUUGUUUAAAAACACUCAUGGUUUUCUGAACCAUUUAUGCUGAUUUAAGUAGAUUGUGAAGUGUUGAAUAAGAAACUAUGAAAAGGCAGGUGGACCAAUUAUGAUGUGUAUUUAAUUAAGGAAUUCAAAGCCCAAACAUUCUGUUAUAAAUGUAUGUGUUAUAAUAUGACCAUUGCAUUGCAAUUGUACGUGUACAUUUACAAGGCGUACCUUUCCACUGUAGACUUGAGAUAAGAUCCUGGCAACUUCAAAUUAUUAGUGUAAUUCCCUUCAAGCGAGCUCGAUGGGCCGAAUGGCCUCCUCUCGUUUGUAAUUUUCUUAUGUUGUUAGAUGUGUGAUCUUCACCAAGGUCUUCAGGAGAUUGGAAUCCUGCCUUCUUUGGUGUGAUUGGUCUGGCUUUGGAACAUAAUCUCAGCCCGGUAACAGGUCUGCACACCCCAAAGGCACCGGCUGCUUCUCUCACACCGGCAUCCUCAACAUGUGCUUACAACACACCAGUAGAGUGGAAAUGGACUUUGCAUACUCUGUUACAUUAUGUGCCAAAUAGCUGGUGAUUAUUUCUGUGAUCAGCGACCCAGGCAGUGGGUUUAACCACAGUCCAGCUUCAGUGUGGGUGGUAAUUGGCUCGGGGAGGCAGGUCUUUUUCCUCAAACUGUGCGAUUCAGAUUUUGGCCCUCAUGGAAAAGCUUUCCUCAUGAAGAAGACAAAGCUUGCUCUUCGUGCGAAUGUGAGACUGGUUCCACGUGGAAGUCCAUCCAGGCAUAUCGUCCCAGAGCCUCCGGGAGCAUGAGCACCAGCAAAGAGGGCUGAGGUGGCCGUGGAUCUUUACAGCAGCGGACGACAACGAGCGCGAGCUGGGUCGCCAUCCCCAAGCGCUCCCUGACAUACUCAUGAGCACCGUGUCAUACUCCUAUUGCGUGUUCCCAGCUACUCGUGACACUCGUGAUACGUGCGUUCACGUGAGGCGGAGAUGACCGCGUGCAGAUUUCCGCCCACCAUCAUUUUCUAGAUUGCUAGCAAGCAAACAGUGGACAACGGCGGCAUGUACAUGGACUUCAUGCAUAUCAGUGUUACUGUGCUGUGGUCCCUGUGUGUUCACCCGGUAAAGCCGUAUCUCUAUGAAUGAGAUUCUGUGUUUUUUUUAAAAAAACAACAAAAACCUGGAAGUCGCAACUAUUUUUAUGAAAUGCAACCCUUCAAAAUAUGUUAACUUUUGCAGAAAUCUUGUUUACUGUAUGCUAUUCUAAAAUACUGUGAAAUAAAUCCUCAACACAGUG